CUGUCCAUCAUGUCUGCUGUCUUCCGACGAAGUGCACGAGAAAUAUGCAGGCGGUCGACGCUUUUUAGAGCUUCGACACGGCUACCAUUGCACUCUCCACCAAAAUGCAUACACUCCACUGCCUUUCGUGAACUCAGCACCACGCCUGUGAGGCGGUAUGCCAAGAUACAGCCGACGCCGCCAGGGAAGAUAUCUAGACUACUGGCGUCCCCUUCCCCCGAAUACAUUGAGAAGGAGGAGAUCAGUGUGGACCUUGUACCACCAGAGCAAGCACGUCUGGAAAUAACAGACCGUGCAGCAGAGCACCUUCAGCGCGUCGCCAACCAGCAGACGGAGCCCCUCGCUGGCCUACGAAUAUUGGUCGAGUCCGGGGGCUGCCAUGGCUAUCAGUACAAGAUGACCAUGUCUACCGCGCCCCAACCAGACGAUUAUCACUUCGAACAUCCGGAUGUCAAGCCAUCCAAUAUCUAUGUCGACGCAGUCUCGUUGGCGCUCCUCAAUGGCUCGACGAUCGACUAUGCCACGGAGCUCAUUGGCAGCGCGUUCCGGGUGGCGGCAAAUCCUCAUGCAACGGACGGAGGUUGCGGAUGCGGCGUUAGCUGGGAGCUCAAGGUGUAGUUGCACCGUCGGCGUGCCGGGAGCUGUCCACAACCUAUCACGAGUAUACUACACUGCCAUGCCUAAUGCCACAUCUCAUCAGGACAAUUGUAUUCUAUCGACCAUGGUCACUCAUAUCAUCGCUCACACACCGUUCGUCUGCAGCAUGGACCGCUCGCCUGCAAGCUGCAACGACAAAUAAAUAGCAAAAUACAUAAGGAUGCCAACGAUACCGUCAACUGUAUAUGUCUACGCCGCCCAACCACUUGCCGGUUGCAUUCGCUCUUGCAGGGACACGACAGGAGGCCUCUGAUAUCGCACUGGCUCGAUUCUCCCGUACACCGGCGUCGUCCCAUCAUACGGCAUCCCUUGCUCCUCCCACGACUUCACGACCUCCUUCGUCACGAAGACGC